AUGCAAGCCGAGCUGAUGGAACUCGAGGCAAGGUUUCGAGAGCAGGCAGCGAAAGACUCUCAAAGUGAGGAUGAGACUAUAAAGCUCUUCUCCAGGGACUGGUACACCCUGAGCUCACCUGCUGGUGCGCAACAGUUGAGCGAGCAGUGGACGUUGGCUUUGGAGAUCCGAGACAAACUCGAGAAAUAUGAAACCACACUUCUACGGCAUCGUCAGUUGUCGAACAUAUUUCAAAAACCACAGAAGCGUGACUUGGACAUAAUCGUUGGCAACCUCGACAACCCCCAGCUGCCCGAUUACCUCCUGGGUCUGGACAGCAACGUAUGGAAAGAUGAGAAUUUCCGAGGCGAUCUGAUCUCCGUCAAUGGAGUGCACGACUUCGACACCGCAUCAAAGUGGCUGAUCCGAUUGUUCCUUGAGCCGUACCAUCGCUUCUUCGGCCAUCGACGGAAGGAAGCAAACAACGCCGACGCAGAGCUGUAUCAUUAUGAUAACGCUCACCUGGAAAUCCCGGCCAACAUCAUCAGUAUCGUCCUGUCGUCGGUGCUGCCAGUGCUGUCGAUCGUUGUCUUGUACAUCGUCCGCAAUAUGCCCACGAGGCUAGGUCUGGUUGCAUUGUUCACGGCUGCAUUCUCACUGAGUGUCGCCGUCCUAACAAAGGCAAGGAGAGUUGACGUCUUUACGGCUACAGCCGCGUAA